GUCCAUCUCAAUCAUAUUGCAUUAGUUAUCUCUUCUGAUUUUUCUCGUUAAAUAAUGUCAACAUUAAUUAUUACAUUUGUAUUUUCAAGGCGUGAAAAUUCAGUGCGAACCUACGAGUCAACCAACUUCCGGCAGGUUUCUGCCAGAGACAGUCACACGUUUGGAGUAUUUUUCAUCAACUAGAGGUUUAAAACAGAUAGCAACAUUUGAAGAUGGACAGUGAACCGUCUCUAGAGACGGUGGGACAGGCCCUUCAUGCUUUGUACAACAAUCCAGACGUUAAUGGCAAAGAGAAGGCGUCGGUAUGGCUUGGGGAGCUGCAAAGAUCAGUUUAUGCCUGGCAGAUUGCAGAUCAGCUGUUGAGGAUACAUCAGAGUAUGGAAUCGUGUUAUUUUGCAGCUCAGACUAUGAGAACAAAGAUCCAGUAUGCCUUUCAUGAGCUACCUCCAGCCUCCCAUAAUGCUUUGAGGGAUUCCUUGUUAGAGCAUGCUGGUAAAAUAGAUGCAGAGACACAGCCAGUUAUAGUCACUCAGUUGAGUCUAGCCUUAGCUGAUCUGGCUUUACAAAUGGCUUCUUGGAAAGAUGCUGCUUUAGAUCUUAUACAAAAAUUUGGGAACAAUUCACAACAGCUUCCAUUCCUAUUGGAGGUCCUUACAGUCCUACCAGAGGAGGUAAAUAGCCGGUCACUAAGACUUGGUGCCAACAGGCGGGAAGAGAUCACUAAAGAAUUUCUCAAGGCGUCCCCAAUGAUGCUGCAACUGCUGACAGCGGUGAUUGAGGACACGACCUGUGAUGAGAAGAACCAGAUUAAAGUGUUCAGGUGUCUUGGUAGCUGGUUCAGCUUAAAUGUCGUACCAGAACAAGACAUUGUCAACAGCAAACUGCUGACAGCACCUUUUCAUGCAAUGGCUGAUAGUAACUGUCCCAACAUGCUCCACGAGGCCGCUGCUGACUGCAUUGUUUCCGCCCUGUAUUCGUGUUACAACUUUCAGGAACAGUUGCAGUUGUCCCAGAAGCUGUACCAGGGAGUGGUUACUCUCAUGGAGCCCUAUCAUAUGUCUGUGGCCACAGAGGAUACAGAUAAGUCAUUGAAUUAUUGCCGAGUAUUCACAGAGCUAGCAGAAACGUUUUUAGAACCGAUGGUAACUACUCCAAAUCAGGGUCUUGGAGAUCUUAGUGUUCUUGAACUUCUGCUAACCUGUGUUGGGCAUCAUUUAUAUGAGGUGGGAGAAAUCUCGUUUAAUUUUUGGUAUAGGCUGUCAGAAGAGUUAUACCAAAGAAGUGUACAAUCUGUCACUGAUGUCUUUAAACCCUAUAUACAAAGAUUGAUAGUAGCUCUUUGUCGACAUUGUCAAAUCGAACCCGACCAUGAGGGAAUUCCAGAUGAAAAUGAUGACUUCGGAGAAUUUAGAUUAAGAGUAUCGGAAAUAAUCAAAGAUGUCGUAUUUAUUGUUGGGUCUUCACAAUGUUUUACUCAGAUGUUUGAAAAUAUAAAAAGUCAGACCGAGAACACGUCCUGGGAGGUGAUAGAGGCUUCAUUGUUUAUAAUGACAGCAGUGGCCAAGAAUCUCCUGCCGGAUGAAAAUGACAUUGUGCCACAGGUUGUGAAAGCUGUCCUGUCAUUGCCUGGCACAGCUCAUCUGGCCAUCAGGUACACUAGUAUCAAACUGUUUGGAGAGCUGAGUGAAUGGGCUGAAAAACAUGCGGAUUAUCUAGAUCCCAUUCUACAGUUCCUUUUAGCGGGGCUUCAGGAGAAAACCAUUUCUACUGCAGCAGCUAAUUCUCUACAGAGCAUUUCAACAACAUGUCGCGAACAGAUGGUCAACCAUUUCCAGGGUUUGGUCCAUAUCGUGUCGGCAUUAGAAACUUUUCAACUCUCUAAUGAUGCUGCUAUUGGCUUGUUAAAAGGAACGGCCACUAUUUUAGCUCAGUUCCCUCAUGAUAAGAUUGCUGAUGGUUUACGACAGUUGUGUACCUUUCAAUUACUACCUCUUUCUAAAUUAAUAGCAGAACCAGUUGAUAAUCCAAAGCAGGGUAGCCCAAAUGAUCCCACUAAGUGGCUUGAUCGCCUGGCAGCAAUCUUUCGAUAUGUGAAUCCCAAAGUCACAAAUGGCCAGAUUCACCCAUGUAAACCGGUUAUUCAGGAGGUGUGGCCUGUGCUAUCCCAAGCAUGUGAUAAGUAUCAAGGCGACGUUCGAAUCACGGAGAGGUGCUGUCGAUGUAUACGAUUCGCGGUCAGGUGCUUAGGAAAACAUUCAGCAGACUUACUCACGCCACUCGUCAGUCAGAUGAUUAACCUGUAUCAGGCCCACCAACACUCUUGUUUCCUGUACCUAGGCAGUAUUCUGGUGGACGAGUACGGAAUGGAGGCGCCCUGUCAACCAGGACUUCUACACAUGUUGGAGGCUUUUUGCAUGCCAACAUUUAAGAUAUUAGAAGAACACAAUGGUUUAAGAAACCACCCGGACACAGUGGACGAUCUCUUCAGGCUUUGUCUAAGGUUUAUACAACAGUCACCUAUGUCUUACCUUCAGUGUGGGAUGGUGGAGCCCAUCCUUCGAUGUGCAAUAGCAGCCUGUUCCCUAGAUCACAAAGAAGCCAAUGCUUCUGUGAUGAAGUAUUUAUCAGAUUUCUUAACAUGUGCAACAAAGAAAGAGGAGAAGGAGGAUUUUCCUGUAAGAGAGAAGGUGGUGAAGACCCUUUUAAAUGACCACGGACAGGCUUUAGUGCAUGCAUUAAUCAAUGCUUGUAUAUUCUGUUUGCCAACCUUCAUGACAGCAGAUUUUGGAGAAGUUAUAUUUGAACUCAUGAAAAUAGAUAGACCCACAUUUUGUCGUUGGUUGGAAGCGACAUUGAAAGCCUUGCCUACAGCCAGUAGUGGAGGAGCAGUCACGGCAACACACAAACAGUUAACAGACUUUCACAAAGCUGUUACUAGUGCGGAGCAUUAUAAGGAUGUCUCACAAGCAUUAAGAGAUUUUGCCAGGCUGUAUAGAUGAGGCGGAGUCGCUCAUUCAGAAGCUAGUCCCACAAUAAGAUACCCCAACACCCCCCUCCCCAAGAGCUAGCUGUGAUUUUCUGCUUUUACUCUGUUGCUUCCAAGUGUUGUGAUAAAAAGUACACAUCAUCCGAGCCAAUGUUAAGCAACCUCAGCCCUGAGAUUACACACUGUGUUGUCUAUGUAGAGUUCUCUCCUGACACUCUGGAUGAUAAAAGUGUAUCUGUCACAUUCUCCAACACGUGUGGUACUUGUAAUGUGAAGCACGUGUGAUAGCUGCAACAUGUGAAACACAUGUGAUACUUGUAACAUGUGAAGCAUGUGUAAUACUGUGACAUGUGACAUAGAUCUGUUGAACCAUUUCUGAACAAGUGUUACUGUUUUUAAAGAUCUUUAUUCUGUACUUUUCUGAUAUUCAAAUGGGGACACCAAGGAUAUUUCACUCGCAAGGAAGAUUGACAAUCACAGUUGAAUGGUAGUCAAAUACUGGAUUGCCAGAAAUAUUUUAUGGAAAAGAACUCUCUUGUGUAAAUAACACCUUUAGAUGUUCAAAAUAUUUGCGUACAACUUCAGUAGGAUGUUGUCCGUGAUGGCUGUCUGCCAAAUCAAUCUUGACUGGACCUAGUGACCAGUGGCAUUUUUAAUAGUCGCUGUUGGCAUUUGUUAUAAUCGCCAUUUUAUUUAAUUUACAUGUAAUACAGUAUGCCUCUUUUUUUCCUCCUGCAAUGUGUUCAGUUUGGUGCUUUUAAUUUUAUGAUGCAAGUGAAAACUGAGUGAGCUGUUGAUCUGCACCAGUCAUUUGUUAUGAAGUUAAUAUCUGAUUAGCAAUAGACUGUUGUUGUCAUGGUUACGUAUGAAUCUUUACAAAGUAUGUGCAUGUGAAAUUUAACGCAAGUACAGUAUUGUGUUGUAAUGUUAUUUUUCUGUAUUUAGCUGUUGUUUAAAAAUUAAGUACACCUGUCCUCUUACGAGGGAAAAGUUUUACAAAGAUAAUUGCAUCACGAUUCUUCAAGGCAUGUAUGUUUGUACUUUGUUUAAUAUAUAAGAUUUGAGGCCUUUACUUUUAAAAGCCAGUUUUAUAAACUAUAGAUUUUGUGUUGAUAAAGCAAGAAAUAGAAAAGUUCUUUAACUUGUGUUUCAUUGGUUUUGAAGGGUGGUUCUUGUUUCUUUUAUAGUGUACAGUAUGAAUGAAAUUGUGUAUAGGAGGUACACUGAGAGAGAGAAAAUCAUAAUUCUAAUGCAUGUAUUUAAAGUACACAUUAAACCUGCUCUACAAGCUGUAGAAAUCCAAUAAUUCUAAAGAGAAUUAGCAGAGUGACAUGUAGAGAAAAAUGUGAAGCUUUUUGUAUAUGUAAUGGUUACAUAGUAGAUUGUUUCCAUUGAUGCUUAGAUGUAGCAAGAUGAAAUCCUGCCCAAACGUGAAUUUUUGAAAAAGAAAAAUUGGGUACUAUCAUGCAAAAUUAUUUUUAUUUUAAACCAACUGAAGUAAUAACUUUGUAAAACUGCUCAUUCAUGUUUAAGGGGGGGGGGGGGGGGGGGGGGGGGGGGGGGAAUACAUGAAAUUUGACGAUGAGUGAGUUAUACAUGUAUUUAUUUAUUCUGUUGGUGUGAACAUAUUCAGACAUGUGUUUUGUUAGCUCUGGUUUCUGGUUGUUCUUCUGCCAUGGGUGUGUAGUCUGAAUAUAAUUAUUGGCCUUUGUUUUGCUAUGAACUUUGAUCAGAAAAAGGAAAUAUAGAACUCAAAAUACAAAUCUACCAAUAGGACAUUCUGAAGUCCAAAGUAUGGCACACAGUUAUUUAUUAGGUGGAAGUAAUCAUUUCUCCUCUAAAGUUCAAAUUCUAGUUUUAUAUGAUCAUUUAAUUUGAAAUUCAAUAUUUGGCAUUUCAGCUAUGCAUUCAUUUGGCACGAGCGGAAGAUGAACCUCUGUUCUAACAUUUCAAUUUUACCCCAAUAUUUGACAAACCUUUACACAUGGAACUGUUGUGUUUUAUUCAUCUUAUUGAUUUUCAAAUUUAAAAGUCCACUGUAUCAAAAAGUAUGCAGGUAUCAAGUGUGCAUUAAGAGAUUUAAUGUCAACCAGAUGCCAAUUCUGUAAAAUUUGAUCAAUCUCCAAGAAUUGUGUUUGCUAUUUUGUGAACUUUUUGUAGAUUAGAUUUAGACAUGUGUGGUAUUUUAAGAAAAACAGGAGUUUGCAGUUUUUCAGGAAUAGUUGCAAUACAAAGCAAUCAUUUUUAGCUCAAGUGAGUUUUUCUGAUCACAUUUAAUCCGUCGUCAGAUCGUCCAUCCAUAAACGUUUAACAUUUUUUACUUCUUUUCAAGAGCCGCAGGGCUAAUUUCAGCCAAACUUGCCACAAAGCAUGCUUGGAUAUCAAAGAGUAUUUAAGUUUGUUCAAAUGAACAAAUCAUCCUUGGUUGAAGGGGAUUCAAGUUUGUAGAAAUGAAUGGUCAUGCUCUUUUCGAUGGGAGAUAAUUUUUAAAAAUGCAAAAAUAGGGUGGGGUCAUUUAAAAGAUUUCUUUCCAAGAACCACUUGACCAGAAAAGUUUAAACUUAAGUGAAAGCUCCCUGCCAUUAUGUAGAUUCUAGUACCUGGGGUAGGGUGGGGUCAUAAUAGGGGAUCAAAGUUGUACAUGGGUAUUUAUAGGAUAAAUCUUUAAAAAUCUCAAGAAGAACAGGGUCAUGAUUACACAUAUUAAUAUUCAAGCAUUUCCAGGUAGUGCAGACUCAAGUGUGUUCGAAUUGUGGUCCCUUGGGGGUAGGGUGAGGCUACAAUAGGGGAUCAAAGUUUUAUGUGGGAAUACACUGGAGAAAUCUGUGAACAUACUGCAGCAGGACCAUGAAUACUCAUUUCAGUAUGCAGGCAUCCCCAGGUAGUGCAGAUUGAAGUUUGUUCAAAGCAUGACCCCCAGGGGUAGGACGGGGCCACAAUAAGGGAUUAAUGUUUUACAUGGGAAUAUAUAAGAAAAAAUUUGCAGAUUGAAAUUUUGAUCCAUGGCUAAGGAUUGGGCCACAAUAGGGGAUCAAAGUUUAAAUGCGACUAUAUAGGAAAAAUCUUCUCAAUAACAGCAGGACCAUGAUUAGUUAUAUUAAUAUGCAAGUACCCAGGUAGUGUACAUUGAAGUAUGUUGAAAUCAUGACCCCCCGGGGUAGGAUGGGGCCACAAUAGGGGAUCAAAGUUUUAUAUGGAAAUAUCUUUAAAAAAUCUUCUCAAGAACAGCAGGUCAUUAGUUAGUCAUAUUGAUUAACAAGCAUCUUCAGGUAGUGUAAAUUUAAGUUUGUUCAAUUCAGGGGACCCAGCAGUAGGGUGGGACCAGAAUAGGAGAUCUGAUGUGGGAAUGUAGGAUUUUGACCUACUUUAAAAAGUUAACCUGGGCAAUAGUCACAAUGGGGCUAGGUUUGGGUCAAAAAAAAUUAUGGGAAUUAAGAUUGUAAAAAAUCUUUUAAAAAUCACAAUAGCUUAACAACAACAGAGCCACAACUCAGGUGUGCGAUGUGGCUUGAUGGGCCUUGUGUUUUUGUUAAUGAUCAAAUUUUCUUAUAAAAUGUGCAUAAUUGCUCAGAUUUUGAUGAUAUAGGGGACUUUUUAUACUGCAAGGUUCACAUUAGUUUUUCUCUAUUUUUAAAAAAAUUGUUAUGGCAAUUAUAGCAGGUGAAAAGAUGGUUUAAAAUCCAAAUAUAUACUCCAGUUUAACUUGUGUGUUUUGUGUUCAAAAUUUAGGUUUCCAUUGAUAUAUUAACAUAUUAAAGGUUUUACAUUGGAUAAAAAUUAGAAUAUUUUUAUUUUCAGAAUUAUACGAUACUAUAUUUCAUAUUCAAUUACACAUGAUCGGUUUUUGUAGUGUAAUUUGUGAACAGGGCCACAAAACUGUUAUAUAGAAACCAAGUCUAUUGUGAAUCAUGAUUUUGAUGCAUUAUUAAAGUGACAAACUUUUA